AUAGGGGUUAGGAAAUUUAGUAUAGUUAUUAUAAAGAGAAGAAGGGCUUAUUAUUUUACUUUUUUAAUUAAUAAAGAGUUUGCUACUACUAUAGAGGCUAUUUCUAUUACUAGAGAUUACGUACUAGCUUUUCUAAUUUUUAGUAGCUCUAUUUAUAUAGCUAGGUAG